AUGGACUUUAUUCAAUCUCAGGGUUGCAACACUUCUUCAGAAUCCUCAUCAAGCAGGGUAGUCUCUCCUAUUGAAGGCAUUAUUGAGGAGAUGCAAUCAAAGAUUAGAAGGCUUGAAAGGUGGCUUGCGAUAAAUACGGUUUUAUGGACAUUUCUAAUGUCACCAAUUGUUGGUUAUUCACUUUAUCAAAGAAGGCGUCAAUGA